AUGUCCAAACGCGGUCAGCAACCAGAGAGCGAUCAUGACAAUGCAACCAGCAGCAAACGAUCCAAACACGCUACGGAUAGACUAACGACGUGCGCCGAUGCCGAGAUUUGGAAUUCCAUUACGUUGGACGACUUUAGUGUGAAAGCGCUCUUUCAGUAUAUACGUUCAGGAGGCGAUGUCAACAUUGCGAAUGCGGAUGGGUAUGGACUUUUAUAUUUGGCGGCACGCAAUGAGAGCACUGAAGCUAUGCGCAUGUUGCUAUUGCAACCGGGUGUUGCUGUGGAGGCUGUGCACGGACCCAACCGUGAGUUAGCGUUGCAUGCAUCUGCUACGGCUGGCCAUGUGGAUGCUGUCGAGUUGUUACUGGAACAUGGAUCGCCUCAUCAUAUACGCGACGCUUUGGGACAUACGCCUUUGACGAGUUGCUUAUUCUCUCAAUCCAUCGAAUGCCUUGGUUUAUUACUGGAUGCGGGUGCCGAUAUGCAUGUGAAGGAUGAACAAGGGAACACCUUGUUGCAUUUGGCGGCUAUCAAUGGCUUUGCAGCUGCGGUGGAUCGAUUGGAUAAGAUACCUGUGGACGAACGCAAUGCACGUGGUUUAUCCCCAUUGGCAGUCGCUAUCGGUCUCGGUCAUGUUGAAACCAUGCAACGCUUACUCGCUCGAGGCGCCGAUGUGAAUGGAACAACACGCUUGGGAAACACUAUCUUGCAUCAUGCUGUCACAUGGAAUCGUAUCGAAGCUGUCAAAGCCGUCGUGGAUGCUGGUGGCAAUGUCAAUGUCCUCAAUGCUAUGGAAGAAACACCACUCAUGCUGGCAGUACAACAACGCAAAAUCGAUAUGGUGCGCUAUUUAAUGGAUCAUGGAGCCAAUCCUUGUGUUGUGGAUAAUACCAAUAUGCCCCUGAUGUAUGCUGCCAAUCACGGAUACACUGAAAUGUGCGAUCUACUUAUUACGAGUGACACUACCGACUUUUUCAUUCAAAGCGCAGCUGAAUUGAGUGAACGUGUUAAUCAAAUCAACACCAACAAGCUUUUACUUGCAAGGUUACAAGAAAGGAAACAGCCCACUGCCAUCGAAGAAGAUACUGAUUUCAGUGCAUUAAUCAACAUGAGCGACGAAGAUGAGGAACAACAACAACAAGAAGAAGAACGACCACAAAACAACAAUAGCCAGGACAACAACAAUACUAGUUGA